UUCGAGUUUUGGAAGUUGGAAGGGCGAUGGGGUCGGAGCUGAUAUACAGGGGCCACGAGUCUCAGCCGGUUUCGGAAUCGUAUUCGCCGAAACCCGUUAAACCGUGGGCUUCCUUCGCCGGUCCGAUUCGUUACAUGCUACGGGAGCAACGCCUGGUCUUUGUCCUCGUCGGUAUUGCUAUUGCCACUCUGGUUUUCACCGUCUUCCCAACCUCACGUGCUCCUCCUCCCCACGUUCCUCACCGCCACUUUAUCGACCCGAUCCCUGAUUCCAUCUCAUACUUCCCCGUCGACUCGCACCGACUCGGUUUCCGGUCUUCCAACCCGGCGGGUAAGAUUCCAUUGGGUCUAAAACGGAAAGGUCUGAGAAUCGUCGUGACGGGUGGAGCCGGGUUCGUCGGUUCUCACCUCGUCGACCGUUUGAUAGAGAGAGGAGACAGUGUGAUCGUCGUCGAUAAUUUCUUCACCGGAAGGAAAGAAAACGUCAUGCACCAUUUCGGUAACCCGAACUUCGAGCUCAUCCGACACGACGUCAUCGAGCCUCUGCUGCUGGAAGUUGACCAGAUCUACCAUCUCGCUUGACCCGCGUCUCCGGUUCAUUACAAAUUCAACCCAAUCAAAAACAUCAUAUCCUUUUUCAA